GAUCUUAUGCAACUGCUGUAUUUGCUGGAAACCGUUCUCCCAAAGGGAAGUGCACAUUUAAAGCUGGAGAUGGUGGUCCUUUCCGCAGGGAUUUAGGUCUGAUCGCUUUCCCAUCAUGACCAGCUUGAAACGGUCGCAGACGGAGAGGCCUCUCGCCACGGACAGGGCCCCGGUGGUGGGCACAGAUGGCCCUCCCAAAGUCCACACUGACGACUUCUACAUGCGGCGCUUCCGGUCCCAAAACGGCAGCCUGGGGUCCUCGGUCAUGGCUCCGGUAGGGCCCCCCCGCAGCGAAGGUCCUCACCACAUCACCUCGACCCCCGGAGUCCCAAAGAUGGGGGUCAGGGCUAGGAUCGCAGAUUGGCCCCCACGGAAGGAAAACGUCAAAGAAUCUAGCCGUUCGAGUCAGGAAAUAGAAACCUCAAGUUGCCUUGAGAGCAUGUCCUCCAAAAGCAGUCCCGUGAGUCAGGGAAGUUCUGUUAGCCUCAAUUCCAGUGACUCAGCCAUGUUGAAAAGCAUACAGAACACGCUGAAAAGCAAGACGAGACCAUUGGAGAGCAUGGACUCCCGAUUCCUCAUGCCUGAAGCCUACCCCAGCUCCCCCAGAAAGGCGCUUCGCAGGAUCCGGCAGCGGAGCAACAGCGACAUCACCAUAAGUGAACUUGACGUGGAUAGCUUCGAUGAAUGUAUCUCACCCACCUACAAGACUGGGCCCUCCCUGCACAGGGAGUAUGGCAGCACCUCUUCAAUCGAUAAGCAGGGAACGUCUGGAGAGAGCUUCUUUGACUUGUUAAAGGGCUACAAAGAUGACAAAUCCGACCGAGGUCCAACUCCAACCAAGCUCAGUGACUUUCUCAUCGCCGGUGGGGGCAAGGGUUCUGGUUUCUCUUUGGAUGUCAUAGAUGGGCCCAUCACACAAAGAGACAACCUCAGGCUCUUCAAGGAAAGGGAAAAACCACUCAAGCGACGGUCCAAGUCUGAAACUGGAGACUCAUCCAUUUUUCGUAAAUUACGCAAUGCCAAAGGUGAUGAACUUGGGAAAUCAUCGGAUCUUGAAGAUAACCGGUCAGAAGACUCCGUCAGACCUUGGACGUGUCCAAAGUGCUUUGCCCACUACGAUGUCCAGAGUAUAUUAUUUGACUUGAACGAGGCGAUCGUGAACAGGCACAACGUUAUUAAGAGGAGAAACACCACCACGGGGGCUUCGGCAGCUGCUGUAGCGUCCUUGGUUUCAGGACCUUUGUCCCACUCAGCCAGUUUUAACUCCCCGAUGGGCAGCACGGAGGACCUGAAUUCCAAAGGAAGCCUCGGCAUGGACCAGGGAGACGAUAAGAGCAAUGAGCUUGUGAUGAGCUGUCCGUAUUUUCGGAAUGAGAUAGGGGGAGAAGGGGAGAGGAAAAUCAGCCUGUCGAAGUCAAACUCUGGCUCCUUCAGCGGGUGUGAAAGUGCCUCCUUCGAGUCUGCACUCAGCUCGCAUUGCACAAACGCAGGAGUGGCCGUGCUGGAAGUGCCCAAGGAGAACCUGGUGUUGCAUCUGGACCGCGUGAAACGGUACAUCGUGGAGCACGUGGACCUCGGCGCCUACUAUUACAGGAAAUUCUUCUAUCAGAAGGAACACUGGAACUAUUUUGGGGCUGAUGAGAAUCUUGGUCCAGUGGCUGUGAGCAUUCGAAGGGAAAAACCAGAAGAAAUGAAAGAAAAUGGAUCUCCUUAUAACUACCGAAUAAUAUUUAGAACUAGUGAGCUCCUGACACUGAGAGGUUCGGUCCUGGAGGAUGCCAUACCCUCAACAGCAAAGCACUCGACAGCCCGGGGGCUGCCCCUGAAAGAAGUGCUGGAGCACGUGAUCCCGGAGCUCAGUGUCCAGUGCCUGCGGCUGGCCUUCAACACUCCCAAAGUCACAGAGCAGCUCCUGAAGCUGGAUGAACAAGGGCUGAACUAUCAGCAGAAAGUCGGCAUCAUGUACUGCAAAGCUGGACAGAGCACGGAGGAAGAGAUGUACAACAAUGAAUCAGCCGGCCCGGCCUUUGAGGAAUUCCUUCAGCUGUUGGGAGAACGCGUUCGGCUCAAAGGAUUUGAGAAGUAUCGUGCACAGCUUGACACCAAAACUGACUCCACUGGAACCCAUUCUCUGUACACAACAUACAAAGACUAUGAAAUUAUGUUCCAUGUUUCUACCAUGCUGCCAUACACACCUAACAACAAGCAACAGCUCCUACGGAAACGGCACAUUGGAAAUGAUAUUGUAACAAUUGUUUUCCAAGAGCCUGGAGCACAGCCCUUCAGCCCGAAAAACAUCCGCUCCCACUUUCAGCACGUUUUCGUCAUCGUCAGGGUUCACAACCCCUGCACGGACAGUGUCUGCUACAGUGUGGCUGUCACCAGGUCCAGAGAUGUGCCUUCCUUUGGACCUCCCAUCCCCAAAGGGGUCACUUUCCCUAAGUCAAAUGUGUUCAGGGACUUCCUUCUGGCCAAAGUGAUAAACGCAGAAAACGCUGCUCACAAGUCAGAAAAGUUCCGGGCCAUGGCGACUCGGACGCGCCAGGAAUACCUGAAGGAUCUGGCCGAAAAGAAUGUCACCAACACCCCUAUUGACCCAUCUGGCAAAUUCCCGUUCAUCUCUCUGGCCUCCAAGAAGAAGGAAAAGUCUAAGCCGUACCCAGGAGCUGAGCUGAGCAGCAUGGGGGCCAUUGUGUGGGCCGUCCGCGCUAAGGACUACACCAAGGCUAUGGAGAUAGACUGCCUUCUCGGGGUCUCCAAUGAGUUCAUCGUCCUCAUCGAACAGGAAACAAAGAGCGUGGUUUUCAACUGUUCCUGCAGAGACGUGAUAGGGUGGACUUCAACUGACACCAGCCUCAAAAUCUUCUACGAGCGAGGAGAAUGUGUCUCGGUGGAGAGUUUCACUAACAAUGAGGAUAUCAAGGAGAUUGUCAGAAGGUUGCAGUUUGUGUCAAAAGGCUGUGAGUCCGUGGAGAUGACUCUGCGAAGGAAUGGGCUAGGGCAGCUUGGCUUCCAUGUCAACUACGAGGGCAUCGUGGCGGAUGUGGAGCCCUACGGCUACGCCUGGCAGGCGGGGCUGAGGCAGGGCAGCCGGCUGGUGGAGAUCUGCAAGGUGGCCGUGGCCACUCUGAGCCACGAGCAGAUGAUCGAUCUCCUGAGAACGUCCGUCACGGUGAAGGUCGUCAUUAUCCCCCCGCAUGAUGACUGCACCCCACGGAGGAGUUGCUCAGAAACCUACCGCAUGCCCGUGAUGGAGUACAAAAUGAACGAAGGGGUUUCAUACGAGUUCAAGUUCCCCUUCCGAAACAACAACAAGUGGCAGAGGAACGCCAGCAAGGGGCCUCAUGGUCCUCAAGUGCCGGCCCAGGUGCAGAGUCCCAUGACCUCGAGGCUGAAUGCGGGGAAGGGGGACGGGAAGAUGCCCCCUCCAGAGAGAGCCGCCAACAUUCCCCGCAGCAUCUCCAGUGACGGACGCCCCCUGGAGCGGCGGCUGUCUCCUGGUUCGGACAUCUACGUGACGGUCUCGUCCAUGGCUUUAGCGAGAUCCCAGCAGUGCCGUAACUCCCCCAGCAACCUGUCUUCGUCCAGUGAGACUGGCUCUGGCGGGGGCACGUACAGGCAGAAAUCCAUGCCUGAAGGGUUUGGAGUCAGCCGCAGAUCCCCAGCCUCCAUUGACAGGCAGAACACCCAAGCAGAUCUUGGUGGCAGCGGAAAAUCCACACCCAGCUGGCAAAGAAGUGAGGAUAGCAUUGCCGACCAGAUGGAGCCGACGUGCCACCUCCCAGCAGUAUCGAAGGUACUGCCCACGUUCCGAGAGAGCCCCAGUGGGAGGCUGAUGCGGCAGGAUCCAGUGGUUCACUUGUCUCCGAACAAACAGGGGCAUCCUGACAGCCACUACUCGAGCCACUCCAGCAGCAACACCCUCUCCAGCAACGCGUCCAGCGCCCACAGCGACGAGAAGUGGUAUGACGGGGACCGCACUGAGUCCGAGCUCAACAGCUACAACUAUCUGCAGGGCACCUCUGCUGACAGCGGCAUCGACACCACCUCCUACGGCCCCAGCCACGGCAGCAGCGCCUCCCUGGGGGCCGCCACGGCCUCGCCUCGCUCGGGGCCCGGCAAGGAGAAAGUGGCCCCCCUGUGGCACAGCUCCAGCGAGGUCAUCUCCAUGGUGGAUCGGACGUUAGAGGCUGAGAGCCACGGCUUGGACCGGAAAGCAGAGUCCUCCCUGAGCCUGGACAUCCACAGCAAGAGCCAGGCCGGCUCCAGCCCUCUGACCCGGGAGAGCAGCACUUUCAGCAUCAACGACGCUGCUUCCCACACGAGCACCAUGAGCUCCCGCCACUCUGCCAGCCCCGUGGUCUUCACCAGUGCCCGGAGUUCCCCUAAGGAAGAGCUUCAUCCGGCCACCUCCUCGCAGCUUGCACCCUCCUUCUCCUCUUCCUCGUCCUCCUCGUCUGGGCCUAGGACUUUCUACCCUCGCCAGGGCGCGACUAGCAAGUACCUGAUUGGAUGGAAAAAACCCGAAGGAACCAUAAAUUCUGUGGGAUUUAUGGACACAAGAAAGCGUCAUCAGAGUGAUGGCAAUGAAAUAGCCCACGCCAGGCUGCGGGCCUCCACCAGGGACCUCCGAGCAUCUCCUAAGCCAACCUCCAAGUCCACCAUUGAGGAGGAUCUCAAGAAACUCAUCGACCUUGAAAGCCCAACUCCCGAAUCCCAGAAGAACUUUAAGUUCCAUGCGCUCUCCUCGCCUCAGUCUCCUUUCCCCCAUACCCCCACCUCAAGGCGGGCCUUGCACAGGACGCUGUCGGAUGAGAGCAUCUACAGCGGCCAGAGGGAGCACUUCUUCACCUCAAGAGCCUCACUUCUGGACCAAGCCCUGCCCAACGACGUCCUCUUCAGUAGCACGUACCCUUCUCUCCCCAAGUCUCUUCCACUGCGGAGGCCUUCUUACACCUUGGGAAUGAAGUCGCUGCAUGGAGAGUUCUCCGCCUCGGACAGCUCCCUCACCGACGUCCAGGAGGCCCGCAGGCCCAUGCCCGACCCCGGCCUCAUGCCCCUGCCCGACGCUGCUGCAGAUUUGGAUUGGUCCAACUUGGUGGACGCCGCCAAGGCCUAUGAGGUCCAGAGAGCCUCCUUCUUUGCUGCUAGUGAUGAAAACCAUCGCCCCUUGAGUGCUGCAUCCAACAGCGACCAGCUUGAGGACCAGGCCCUGGUCCAGAUGAAGUCCUACAGCAGGUGGGUCACCCAGAGUAAGGACUCCUCCCCCACUCUGGCCUCUAAGGUGGACCAGCUGGAGGGGAUGCUGAAGAUGCUGCGGGAAGACCUGAAGAAGGAGAAAGAAGACAAGGCCCACCUUCAGGCAGAAGUCCAGCACCUGCGGGAGGACAACCUGAGGCUGCAGGAGGAGUCCCAGAACGCCUCCGACAAGCUGAAGAAGUUCACCGAGUGGGUCUUCAACACCAUCGACAUGAGCUAGGGCAGGCGGGGCCCGGAGCCUCCCGGAGGCUGUGCAGGCCCUAGUGGUGCCAUUGAGCGCUCUCAGACUCCCUGCUCAGCUUCCUACCUACGAGGCCCUCUUUUGGGGGUACACACACACACAACAAUUGCAGAUCAACAAUCAUUGUCUGCCUUUUGUAGAAAAGAAAAACAAAAAAGUAAAAAUUUUAAAAAGUAAAAUAAAGUUUAACUGCUAAAA